AAUUCACAUAAUCCAAUUGUUAAUCCACCCUCCCACACUUUAACUAAUUGCCGAUGCCAUUUUGAUUUGUUCUGUUGGUCCACAAGGAAGGAAGGAGCUAAAUAAAAUUGAAAAAUAAGGCAUAAAGUGGCAGGGGACUGCACAAAGUCAUUUGAUGACUUUUUCUUUUAUCUUCAUUAAUUUAAGUGAGAGAGUAAUUAUGACACUGAAACACAACAGAUCUUCUUCUCUCUUUCUUUCUACCUGUUUUAUUUUUUAUAUAUCACAAACAUAAACACCCCAUUUGAUCUCAAUCUCUUCAAUUUCUCAGCCUCGACUCCUCUGGACUUGUCUGCAACAUUUACUUGCCUUGGUGGCACCACUCGAUUGCGUUACUAUUAUUAUUGCCGGAGUAUUGAAAUUAAAGAAUGGGUGGGCUCUGCUGCUGCCCAAGCAGCGAUGAAUUCCAAGAAUAUGGUUACCCAACCAAUUCAUUCUGCAUCUCCCUCAGACUCUUUUUCCACCACCUACUCUCUGGGUAUGGCACAAUGUUUCAUAGACUUGAAGGUAGGCCCACAUCUCCGACACAAAUGGGAUCUUCCUUGACUUUAACUGGUGUUAACACAGGACUGGCAGAUGGUUUUGUGAAUGAUGCUCAUAUCUCAUUGUCAAGGCCAGUCCCUUAUGAUGCUGAUCAGCGAUUCACUCGUUUACAGCGUGAUGGUUUAGUAUCUAGAAAAUCAAUGACCCAUUUUCAAGAAGAAGCGCAAUCAUUGAGAAGGAGCGUGAGCAAUCUUGGCACUGAAUCAUCUGGUUUUGGGAAGAAUCAGAAUGAGGUUGAUUCUGAGGAUGACAGUAAACCGAGUCGUUCAGAUUUCUCAGAGAAAAUUUUGGCAACAAAAACUACAUAUGGACUGUCUUAUUUGCAUUCAUCUUCUGAAUAUGAAGAUGUUUGCCCUACAUGUCUUGAUGAGUACACUCCAGAAAAUCCUAAAAUUACAACAAGAUGCUCUCACCAUUUUCACCUGGGUUGUAUUUAUGAAUGGCUGGAAAGAAGUGAAAAUUGUCCGAUAUGCGGCAAGAAAGAUAUUCCUGGAGGAGCAUCUGCUAGUUUCACGAGCUCGAAGACUAAUGUUACUGUUAGCAAUUCAGAAAGAAAAGGACAAUGAUUGGAAAAAAAUGACUAUGGUACGUUUUGUAGGACUGUUUAAUGACAAAUGGGUCCGUGGUUGAAACUACUGAGAAGGGAAUUGAACUCAGAGGACUCUAUCAUGUGCAUUUAGCAGGCUCAGAACAUGUGCGAGCCGGGACAAAGUCAUGAAUAUUGACAGGUAGAUCCAAGCCAAGCAGGCAGCCAUUAAGAUGAGUAGGAGUUGGCCCCUGCUUCCAAUCAGGUAUGGAUCAACAAAGUCAUUAAUCAUUUAGUAAUUUCCCAAUAGAACCCCACGAUAUUUGCAAGGCAGAGCUGUGCCAUCAAGUUCUUUAAUGCACCAGGCAAGCUGUCUUGGGCGGAUAGCAAUCAUGAUUGAGAUCAUGAUUACAAAUAGCAAUGUAAAGGGGUUGGCAGGAAUUAACCCAAAAGAAACAAUGGCAUUUCACAUAUUUUUUGUUACAUGGAGAUGAAAGUAGAAAAAUAGAUACUAUGGCAAUUUCUCUAUACUAGAAAGUAAAUUCCUGUUGCCUAGGAAGCUGUUGGGGUGCUGUUUUUAAUUGUCACAACUUGUUCCCCUGUUUCGAACUUUUGCUCUGCCCUGUACUUGUAUCUGUAAGCUGAGUAUAGAAAAACACAGAAAUUUAUGAUGCUAAGAAGGGUUAGCAGCCAGUAAAAAUAAUCAAAUCUACCAGUAUUUAUAUUCUGGGACAA